AUGAAGGAGGCUAAGUUAGCAGUUACGGCUGCCAAGACAACAACAUUUGAGAGUCUAGUUUCGGUGGAGGAUAUCCAUAUUACGAGGAGAUGGCAGGAGUAUUUUCGUGGACUAUUGAAUGAGGAGGGGGACACAAGCAUUGAGUUAGGGGAGCUGGAGCACUCGGAGGAAAAUCAAAAUCUCAGCUACUGCAAAUAUUUUAGGGUUGAGGUGGUCAGAGAGGCUAUUCGUAGGAUACGGAGGGGUAGGGCGACAGGGCUGGACGAAAUUCUGAUGUAUUUUUGGAAGUUUACUGGUGGAGCAAGUUUAGGAUGGUUGACUGAUCUGUUUAACGCUAUUUUCAAGUCUGCGAAAAUGCCUGAGGCCUUAAGAUGA